GUUACACUGGAGAACUAUGUCAGUCAGAGAUUGAUCACUGCAGCCAAGAGCCAUGCAGAAAUGGUGGUACCUGUUUUUCCAAUAUCAGUGGAUUCAGUUGUCACUGUCCAGAAGGAUUUUUAGGAUCUUCUUGUGAAGAGGAAGUUGACCCCUGUGCUUCAUCUCCCUGCCAGAACAAUGGGACCUGUUUCGCAGACAGACUUGAUUACUCCUGCAGUUGUAGUCCUGGAUUCACGGGACCUACCUGUUCUCAGCUGAUUGACUUCUGUGCUCUGAAUCCUUGUGCACAUGGCAUUUGUCGCAGUGUUGGAACCAGUUAUAAAUGCCUCUGUAUCCCUGGUUACCAUGGCCUUUAUUGUGAAGAGGAAUAUAAUGAAUGCCUUUCUGCACCCUGCCAGAAUGCUGCCACCUGCAGAGACCUUGUCAAUAGCUAUGAAUGUGUAUGCCUUGCUGAAUAUGAAGGACGGCACUGUGAAUUAUACAAAGAUCCUUGCAUUAACAUUAGCUGUCAAAAUGGUGGCACUUGUGACAGUGAAGGUCUAAAUGCUACAUGUAUCUGUGCACCUGGAUUUACAGGUGAAGAGUGUGAAUUUGAUAUAAAUGACUGUGACAGCAAUCCGUGUCAUCAUGCUGGGACUUGCAUAGACCAACCCAAUGGUUACACGUGCCAUUGUCCACACGGCUGGGUUGGAGCGAAUUGUGAAAUACAUCUGCAGUGGAAGUCUGGGCACAUGGCAGAGAGUCUAACAAACAUGCCUCGUCAUUCCCUCUACAUCAUAAUUGGAGCCCUCUGUGUCGCAUUUGUCCUUAUGCUGAUCAUUCUGAUUGUGGGGAUAUGUCGCAUCAGCCGCAUUGAAUACCAAGGCUCUUCCAGGCCAGCCUAUGAGGAGUUCUACAACUGUAGAAGCAUUGACAGUGAAUUUAGUAGUGCAAUUGCUUCUAUCCGACAUGCCAGGUUUGGAAAGAAAUCACGACCUGCAAUGUAUGAUGCAACUCCCAUUGCUUAUGAAGAUUACAGCCCCGAUGACAAACCUUUGGUCACGCUAAUUAAAACAAAAGAUUUGUAAUCAACUGUAUCUUUUUCGGAUUAUUUUUCCAAAGGAUGAGCUACUAAAUUAAUUUAAAUAUUUUUAAGAAGAAGGAAGUGUGAGAAAUUUAAAAUGUUAGAUGUUCCAGAAUUUUCUGUAGAAUAUUUAAGAACGAAUUUUCUGCAGCUUUUAGUCUGAAAAAAUAUUUUAAAACUGAGUGUUUGAAAUUCAUGGAUUACAUUUUAAUGUACCUUCAACUCUAUAAAUUGUUAGUUUAUAAUAGUGUGUGCUUUUUCAUGGUAGACACUAUUAAUAAAACCAGAUGAAAUUCUGUGGUUGUUACAGAACAGAAUACAGUAAGCUUAAUCAAUGAACAGUUCCUUUUUGACAUCUCAGUGCCAGCUUUCUCAGUAGAGAUAGGGAAAAGUGAAAAUAAUAUGAUGCAUAAUAUAUCCAUUAAUUUAAAAAAAAAGUCUAAAAUGUUUGUGUUGUGAAAAAGAAAUUAGUAAAAUUUAUUAUUCCUAACCUGAAUGAAUUAGCUUUUGCCUUAUUCUGUGCAUGGAUAGAUAACUUAUUUCUGCAUUAUUUUUCUGGAAGUUGCUGACACAUACUUUUGAGUUGAUGUUUUUGUCAUUUUUGUAACAGUAUUCAAGCUAGGCCUUGUAAAAAUAAUAUAUAAUUAAAGUGCCUGUGGAGGCAAACUAAGGACCUGAUCGUGAACUCAUUGAAAUCAGUGGCAAAACUGCCAUCGACUUCAGUGGGUACAGGCUCUGGCCCUAGGAUUGGAUUGAAUCUAUAUUUUUCUUUAAAAGUCAAGGUUUUUAUAUAGUGAGUAAACUAAGCCUAUAGUUUGAGUUGUUUGUUUCUCAAAGGUUAUUAAUGUACAGUACUGUUUCAUUCAAUAUUGUGUAUUUCUCAUAGUGCAUCUUAUUUAUACACAGUAUGGUUUUUCUGUGGCUGCAUUUGAUUGCUUAUGUGCUUCUUCCAAUUCUUGCAUAUUUCAGAGAAUAUUAAAUAAAUGUUAUCAAGUCAA